AUGGCGGAGGCAAGGCCGUCGUCGAGUUUCCCAGUCGACUGGGAUGGUCUUCCUACAGAUCUACUGAGGAGCAUCGGCGAGCUCCUCGAUGUGCCUUGCUGCAUACGGUUCCGCGGCGUGUGCCGGUCCUGGCGCGCGGCUCUCCCCGCGAUGCCGCCGCCGUGGCUGGUGAUCCCCGACGGCGGCUACCCCACCUUGAUGGACCACUUCACGUUCGUCUCCCUCCCGACGCGCGGCUGCGCACUCUGGGCACUUCCGGGCUCGCGCUGCGUCGGCUCCAGCGCCGGCUGGCUCGCCCUCCUCGACCCUAGCAUGAGCGUCACGCUACUGAACCCCCUGACAAACGCGCAGGUCCGCCUUCCGCCGCUCCGGCGAGACGGACACCUCUAUCCGAGCCCCUUCGGCGUCAACUCCGACGGCUCGCCGGAGUACUUCCACGCAGGUCCGCGGCCAGACAAACGCAUCUGCACCGUGCAGUAUAAGUUGAUCCAGAAGGUGGCCUUCUCCGCCAACCCCACCGUCCAGGACCACGCGGUCGCCGUCCUCUGCCGCUACGGGCUCGGCCUGGCGUUCACGAGAGCAGGCCUAGACGGCUGGCAGUGGCUGCACUGGCCUGACGCUGCCGGCCGCGGCGGACCGGACGUCGGCGAGCUCUACGGCGGCAGCAACACAGACCUUGACAUCGUGUACCACGACGGCAAGUUUUACUACAUGACACGGUGCGGGCAGAUAUGGACCCUCGACGCGGAUGCGGACGCGCCUACCCCCGUCACGCCGGUGCCGUUCGUCAAGUGCCGCCCUAAGCUUGGUCCCGACCACCGCCGCUACGGGAAGCAUCUCGUCUUCGCCCAGGACGGCAUGCUGCACGUGGUGUGGAGCGACGGCCCCGGUCUGCCUUUGGAAACACGAGACAGGCUGAUGCGAAUGCAUGUUCAGACCUACCAUCCAGGCGGCUCCCGGCCCCGGCGCUGGAGGAAGGCGCGGCACUUGAGUGGCCGAGCCUUCCUCAUCGGCAGCCGCAGCCACUCCCUGGCGGUGCCGGCGUCUGUGGCGUCCGCACCGUCGACGUGGAUAAGGCCCAACUGCGUCUACUUCACCUGCAUUAUGCCAGGAUCCGACUAUAUUAAUGGAGAGUCCGUGGAGGUGCUGCCUCCGGAAAUUUGGGAGUUCAACGUCAAGACCGGUGUCUUCCGGGAGUGCGACAGACGAGACAUCCCGGAUUCGGAUUGGCUCGAGUGGCCAAAAGCUAUCUGGUUUACGCCUUCCUUGUUGUAA